UGUGUUCGUAAUUGUAAAUGUAACCAUUCGUAUUUUGUAUUCGUGUUUCUUGUUUCACUAGUUUCACUUCAAGAAUUCAAAAUAUUUUGAAAAGAAAAAUGUCGAGUGGUGUUUCUUGAAUAUAUCUGUUUUAAUAUUGUUGUGUAUUAGUUGAAAUUGCGGCCAUCUCACUACGAUGAAUCCACGAAGUUACGAAAUAUAUCACGUAAUUGGAGAAGGUUCGUUCGGCAAAGUUUACAAAGCACGCUUUCGCGAAACCAACGAACUUGUUGCUUACAAAGUGAUCUCUAAGAAUGGCCGGAAACCAGCCGAAGUGUUCAUGCUUCGGAAAGAAUGUGAAAUUCAAAAGAAUCUACAGCAUCCUAACAUCAUACGUAUGAUCUACUCGUUCGAGACGGACAACGAACUCGUUGUUAUUACCGAAUUCGCUCAGAAAGAUCUAUGUCGAGUUCUCAAGCAGGAAGGAGUAUUUCCUGAAAAUAAAGUUAAAAAAGUGCUACGUGAUUUGAUUGCGGCUUUGUACUAUCUGCAUUCUAAUCGUGUGCUGCACAGAGAUCUAAAACCACAAAAUGUCUUACUCGAUGCGAAUGAGACAGCCAAACUGUGUGAUUUCGGUUUCGCCAAGUCUUUAGGACGUGAUUUACUGACAUCGAUUAAAGGUACACCGCUUUAUAUGGCUCCUGAGCUUAUGAACGAGUCGCCUUACGAUCACAGAGUGGAUUUAUGGUCUCUCGGAUGCAUCGGUUACGAAUUAUUGACCGGCCAUACUCCGUAUUCUACCACUUCCAUCGUUCAGUUAAUUCAGAUGGUUAGAAUGAAACCGAUUCAGUGGCCAACUCAUUUAUCGGAGGUUUGCCUAUCUUUUUUGAAAGGACUGUUGCAGAAAAAUCCUCUAGAAAGACUUACGUGGCCGUAUAUAUUACAUCAUCCUUUCAUCGCACAGGCUUUCUUUCCACUCGUUACUGAUUACAACCGAAUGAAUUCGUGGAAUCCGUUACCUGCGACAGCUUAUAAUUUUAUGCCCAUUCAACCUCCGUUAACUAAUGUUCCUUACUGUCCAACGUCUACAAGAACGACUCCUUCGAAUAAAUUAUCAACCGAUUCGAUGGCAUCAGCGUAUAGUAAAUCGAACAACACGAUCGAAUCGAAUCCCGAUGAUUCCUCGAAUGAUCCAUCUUUCCUGGCUCAGAAAGAAGAAUGGUCGGAAUUUUUGAAAAAAAAUAUCGAAGAUGUGAUGUAUUCGGCGGAUACUGACGUGUUGACUGAGAAGCCAUCUUUCAUGUUAAUCAUGAAGGCUUUCAACGAUUGCAAGAAAUGCCCAACUGUGGUGACCACUGUUUGUAGACUGUUAUCGUUACCAUUCGUCGUCGAAUCGAUAUCGGAAUCGCAAUUGUCGGCCAUUAAAGAGAAUUAUCUGCACUGCUCGGUGAUGCACGAUCUUGUGAAAAUUAUGAAGGAAAUGAUCGUCGAAAUGUUGCCAAAAAAAGAAACUGAUUCGAGUCGUGAAACCGCGCUUCAACAUUUACUGCUUCUAAUUUGUAAUUUGACCUUCGUCGAUAAGAGUUUCUUGAAGCAGUUUUUCGAGUGCUGUAUUACGCUGCGAGUGUUUCAAAUCAUCAAAAGCAUAUUAUCGAUGCGAACGAGAAAUGAACCGCUGUCUAUCGUCAAGUAUUUCGUCUCCAUCACGUUACGUCUUUACAUGGUUAUUCCAGACAGUAGAAAAAUGAUCGUGCCUCCUUUACUGGAUUGUGUUCAAGAAUUCCAAGCAAUUCUGCAAGAAAGCAACGACGUCACUGUUCAAACUAGAUUAUGCACGUUGAUUACAAUUCUGGGUAUUACGGAGCCUAAUUUUCAUAGCAAGGUUAACGGAAACGAGAACUUGAUCGAUGCGUUGAAUAAAUUGAAACUCGAUUGCAGUCUGCCUUCGGUUCAACAGGCUACUGAUGGAAUGUUGGAAGUUUUGAAAAAAUGAGCGUAACCGUACGACUGACUUGGCAAAGGAUUACGUCUUCUUCGAAGCUCCACGUGGUGUUUUCAACUGAAUAAAUGUAUGCGAUUUGCUGCCCUUCGACGUGGAUUUCAUAUCUGGUGAUUUUUUCGACGAAUGAUUGUGUUAUCUAAGUUCAUCUUGGAAGAUUUUGAACUGUAAGUGAAUUGCAUACGUAUCUCUCUCUUUAUUUCGGUGUUUUAAUUCGAUGGCGAAUAUUUGAAAAUCUCGGUUUAGCCAUAAGUUUAUGUGAUCGAAGAUCUUAUUUUAUAUUAAUUGGUUACCUAUCUAUAUUAUUAAGAAGAAGAAUUGUGAAAAUUCCCCAACAAUUUUUUAAAUACGAUUCCUAAAAAUGGAAUUUUUCCAUUACCACAAAAAUCCAAAUUUCCCCUUCUUUCUUCUUCGAAUACUUCAACGAGUCGUAAUGAAGAGUAUGUAUAAUUGUAUAUGUAUUGUUCUAGUUAAUGCUCUGAUUUGAGCUGGCGAAGUGAUAAUUAUUUCAUUUUUAAGACUUUGCAAUCUGUAGGUGAGUGUUGUUUUUGUUUGAAAAGCAUCGAGUCAACCAAAUCUCUUGAACUUGGUCUUAAAUGAAAGGGCAGCCUCAUAGCUCUUUAUCAAGUGUAUGCACGUAUUCGGUAAUACACGAUGAUUUACGAUAUCUUUGUGCUUCCUCGUGUAAUGUACAAAAAGUGCGCCAUAAAUUGCAUUACUUGCGCAUUAAUAAUUGAAAAAUUACUACUUAUCCUAAAUAAGUACAAGCAGUACAAAAAUGUUGCAGCGAGAGCUGUAAUAUUGAAUAACGACGAAAGCAUCAAUAGUAUUUUAUUAGUUUAUAUUCUAUGAGCCAAAAAUUGUUCAAAAAAAUUUUUGGUCUGUUUGGCUAUUCGUUCAACGGGGUAUUGAAAUUUUAAUAUAAAUUAUAUCAAUAAAAUGUCAACUAAUUUAAAUAAUAUUUAUUGAAUUAAUAUAAAAAAUAAAAUUUUAAAGAAAUUAAUCAUGUAACAAAUUUUAAAAAUGGAAAAAACUCACUGUCGUUGGUGUGCUAAUAAUUCACGCCUUGCGCUGUCUCUAGCCUUUAUUCUUUCUUCUAUCUCCUUCCUCCUUUUUUCUUCGUCUCGUCUUCGUUUUUGUUCUUCUUCCCUUUUUCUUUUAUCGUCGGCUUCCCUAAAAUAAGAAAUUAAUAUUAUUGAAAUUUUAUGUCAAUAAUGGUACCAUUGGUUCAUCGUAGUGGGCUUACAGACCCCUCCAUGGAUCUUGGAUGAUUCUUCUUCUUAAUUUAGUGGAUUUUUCAUACCAGAAGAUCUCAAAUACUACAGACACAUUUAUGUGUACCUCGUAAUAACAUCCACCAUCUCCACAGUUUUCUGCAAUAUUGAUUAUUUUAAUCAGAUGCAAAAAAAACAUGAAUAAUUGUCAAAAUAUAAGUGGCAACCAUUGAAGAGGUACCUACUUUUUUUCACUGUGUCCCACCUCCACCAGUGACUUCCGAUUAUUCAAAGUCACACACAGUGUAAGCUAGCUGGUAUAAAAAAAAAACAUAUGUCAUGACUGUAGUGGCGGAGAUUUUAAAAGUGGUUUCUGUGCUGACAAGUAGUAUAGCUGUGUAGUGAACUUGUUCUAUAGGAGUAAGAGAGAUAUCAAUGCCAAACAACAAAAACCAUUGAUGACAAAACCCCCUAUAAAUAUAAAAAAAUUGUUGAAUAAUGAUAAUAAAAAUUUUAAUACUUACCUAGUAAUAAAUGAUAUUGUGAACUCAACUCACAAUACCUAUGCAAAUCUUUUUUAAAAAUGCAACCAGGACUUUCUCGGUUUUGUACCCGUCGUUGAGCGCAGAUUCCUCCGAAAAUUGAGGUAACUCAUAGAACCACAUAGGAACGCCGUCUUGAACGAUGUUAUAGUAUCUCUGAUGGUGAAAAGAACUCCUUUGCAUAGUUUAUGAGUAUAGGCCCCAAACUUUUUUUAGCCUGAAAAAUUCAUAGAAACUCCUGUGAUGAAUUUUUUUGUCACUUCCCACUGAAUAUGUAAGACUGAAAUACCUGCAUGAUGAAAUGAAAAAUUUGAUAGUAAGUUGGAACCCUUAUCCAUUAGUGCCACUUUUGUAUUCAGACAGCCACAGGUGACGUUUCUCCUAGCAUUUUUCUGUUUAGUAUUUUUUGUUCCUUUUCUUUUCUCAGAUGAACAAGAAGUAUCUCUUUUCUUCCGUCCACUUCUUUGAGGUAGGUUUCUAAGAGAUGAACAUGCUAUAAGCUGUUUAUAGGUAAUUUCACUAAAUAAAGCCACAGGUGUUUUGAAACAUUUUACAUAUAAGUACAUGGAUAAUUAAAAAUAACAUGAUUAAUAAACUUCUCAUUUACAUGUACGUACCCAAAAGUUCUAUUCAAAGUGAGAGAUUAUAACUUGUACUUAAAAGUAAAAAAUGUUUAUUAAAGCAAUGCACACAAAUGCAUAUUUGCACUUCUAAUUAAUCAAACUUAUCUAUUGUUUACAUAAUGUAAAUCUAUAUAGUCGUACUUCAUGUUAUUUGCCAGAGUUGCCACAUUUUCUUUACAGUAAGCUGUUCAUUUAAACAAUUGUACUUUUGAGAUAUUUAAUGAGUUUGUUUGGACGUACUCUCCAUCUAGUACUUGUUUGUCUAGCAAAACAAACUAUUUCCUGAACAAUUGGGAUAUUAAUAUUUACUUCAUAAUAACAGCCUUCUUGGCAUUUUUCUUCUAAAUGAUAGUGUGUCAGCAUAUGGCUUGUUAAAACAAAAAAACAAAAAAAAAAGUUGAACAACAUUAAAAUUCAGUCACUCAUCUUUUGAUUUCUUUACAGAAUAUUAAUAAAUGAUGUAUUAACAUAAUUCUGAAAUAUUUUCUUGGACAUACUCGUGACUUGGCAUGCUGAAUUCCUGCAUCUUAAUCGAAGCCCCCCCCGUGCAUAACGGGUCCAUGGACUGUAAAUCCAAACCCUUGAAACAGGUACCGAUGUCCCCUAUGACUAUCCACGAUGAUAACCUCCUGAUUGUUAUCUGUCAUCUGAAACGAAAUAAAGGUUGGGAAUGCAUUUUUUGGACCAAGAAAAGAUCAUAAAUUGAAUGUUCUGUUAAGUUCCUCCAAGUCAAAAUAAAUAAAAAUUAGUAAAAUUUUAAAUAAAAUUUAAUCAUGCAAUUUUAGACAUAAAAGACAAAUAAAAUUUUAAAAUAAUACAUGCAUAAAUAAUUAAAUUAACUUACACCAACAUCGGGUUCAUUUUAAUAAAAUGAAUAAAAGAUGAAUGAAAAAAUUAGAAUUGAAAAAUCGGCAGUUGGAAUGAUGGUGUAAUUGGAGAUAUCGAAUUUGCACGGUGGCUUCUCACAAAAUUGAGAUAAACUUGAAAUAUCAGUUUUCGCGAAUUGAAUAAAAUAUUUCGACUCGAUAAUAUUGAAAUAUUAUUGUUUUCAAAUUUUCAAUAUUUAAACAACGGACAAAAUAAUUGAACUCAGUGAAAAUUGAACUAGGUUUCGAUUUCUAUGUAAAAACUCAAAUUUCUGCAACUUGAAAAUUAUGCUUCGACAGUAAGAACUUCAUCGAUGUCAAUUUUAGUUAUUUAUGUACAUACCUAGGCAAGCCUGGAUGCUUGCGGAGCAUGUGAUUAUUGUAGUUGCUCUUGUUUCCAAAGAACUCGUUGGAGCAGUACUUGCACCUAUCAGGCCCCACACCUCCAUGUUUCACUUGACAAAAACAGGGAAAGAACUGGACACAAUUUUAGUGGUUUCGGGGGUUUAUAUUCAGAAAGGAUCGCAAAAUGGCGAAAAAUCGCGGUGCCAGCUUGUCAGAGGGUGAUUUCAUAUUUUAGCUAUUGAUUUUAUCAUUUUUUACUAAAAAUUUACAAGGGUUUUACAUUUGGUGGCCCGCUUAACAAACAAUUACAAGUAGGUAAGUACCUAAUAAAAAUAAAAUUUACCAAUAUGCACUCUAAUAAUUAGGUACCUACAGGGUGCCCAGAAUUUUUAAUGAAAAACUUUCUUUAGGGUACCAGAUAUUUCUGGGCACCCUGUAGGUACCUGGUACCUCUACCUACCUACGUAUUUCAAAUUUAAAAUAUUAGAUCAAAAGUUUUGUUGUUGGUAGUAAAUCUGAACGAUACUUACCAUCGUAUGUUGUUUCCUUGUCAUCCAUUUCUGCCACGCUUUCUUGCCUAAAAGCCUCAGGAUGUCUGUGCCAAUAUUUCCUAACAUUGAAGAAAUAGAAGUAACAAUAAUUUCUGUUAUCAUAGACAUAGUUAUCACAGAACAUAGAUUUCUGAAAAAUGGAAUAACAUUACAAUAGGUAGGUAGUACCUACACCUAUAUGUAAACAAUUUAAAGAAAAAAAAUCUCAACAUAAGUAUGUAUACAAAGGAAGAGGGAAAUUUUGUAAGAUUGCUAGGUAACAUACCUUUAUUGUCCAUUGUCUUAGUGACUUAUACCCAUCCUUUUGAAGAAGUUUUCAUAUAAAAAUGAAUUGAAACGGUGUACUUUUGGAUAUUGUGUUAUCAAAUUCAUAUAUGCGUUGAUGACCUGAAACCAAGACAAAAAUACAAGAAAAAUUACGUGAUAAAAGGAUGAAAAUUAAAAAACCGCUUUCUGUAUAGAAAAACGCGCUUCGGUAUUUAACAAUGCCUCCUCUUGCAAAGUAUCGAUAUCAUUAAUUCUGACACAAGUGUCUCUGAUUUUUGCGAGCGGUAUUUUCCCAACUUGAGGAUCUGAUCAAUAGCAUCCUAGGUAAAUACAUAAAAACAGAAAUCAUUUAAUUGUUAUGUGCUUGUUCCGCCAAUUUGAUCAUCAUCUUUUCUUUAGCCUCUGUGUGAUGAGAAAGAUCAUGAAAUAUACUGUCAUAGUCAGUGUUGUCAUCUUUCAUGUCAUCAUUUUCAAUGGUAUCAUCUGCAGUGUUACCAUCUCCAAUGUCAUCAUCACUUGCAUCAGGCCUUCUGCUAGGAUCUUCAAUGUAAGAAGAUUUCUCCUAUAACAUUGCUUUACCAUAUCAACUUGGUUUUUGUGACAUAGAUUACACAUUUUGAUACUAAUCGCUUGCCAUACUAAAAACCUCAAACAUUUUAGAACUACUUACUGUGAUGAAUUAAAUACAUUUAUGUAUGAAUAUUAAAAAACAUGGAAAACAAAGCUUACAAUAUUGAUAAAAUUAUAUUUUAUAAAAAAAUAAAAAUACAAUCUAAUUCAAUUGAGUGUGCUACAGUUAUUUUGGAUGAUUAUGAUAAUGAAGGCACCCAUUGGUGUGCUUACCAUAAGCAAAGAAAUAUAAUCAUAUGGCAUGAUCCAAUUGGAAAUGUACACCCCCCCCCCUUGGAUGUGCUACAUUAUAUUUUUAAAAAUAACAAAGUCAUUUAUAACCACAAGGCAACUCAGAGAUUGAAUUCUGUAAAUUGUGGACACUAGUGUUUAAAAUUUUUAAUAAAAUUAGAUAUUAGCAAGAAUGAACUGCCCAUGAUUAUCAAUCAAUUCACCUUAUCAUUUUAAUUGAUACAUAUUAUGUACUUCUUCUUGAAAUUGUUGUAAUGCAUAAACCAAUAAAUGCGAUGGAAUUAAAUGAGAUUUAAAAAAAAAUCAUUUUAUCUAUCAUGGAAACACAAAUUAACAGGGUGUCUAACAGGUACUGCAGGUACUGCAAGUACUGUAAAAGUACUGCAUUGAAAUCCUCGGUACUGCAAGUACUGCAAAGUACUGCAUUUUGCCUGAAAAGUACUGUAUUUUUUCUCAAAAUCAUUGAUUUAAAAUUUUUUUAAAAACCUCAAAAUGAAUUAAUUGAUCAAAAUUUUAAAAAAAAUGUUCAUUUUGUACCUCAAAAGAUGCAGGGUGUCCACAAGCCUGGAAAACCUGGAAAAGUCAGGGAAUUUCGUAAUUUUCACGCAAAAUUCCUGGAAUCUUGAAAAAACAAUCAAUUGCAAAUUUCAGAUAAGGACCUGUUAUGAAAGGAAAACAUUAUUUUUUAAUUCUCGAACCACAAAUUUUCAAAAGCUUUUGCCCUCGCUUCGCUCGGGCUUGUUUUCUUUUCUUUUUGAAGAACCAGAUGAACAUUUCUAGAUGAUAAAAAUCAAAGUUUUAAAGCCAAAAAAUGAACUCACGAAAAAAAACAUCGUUUUUAUGCAACUCGAAAUACAAAUUUACAAGAGCUUUCGCACUCACUUGGGCCUGUUCUGUUUUCUUUUUCAAAAUCAACUUCCUUUAAAAAAGCAUUAUUCAAAUUCUAAAAUUUUAAAAGCCAAAAAAAACCUACUCGUUCUCACAUAAAAAAAAACUUCUUUCGAAAUGCAAUCUUUUUUUUUCAAAAGUAGUUAACUUUCUUCAAAAAAACAUCAUUCCAAUAUUAAAAUUUGAAAAGUCAAAAAAUAAACUCUUCUCAUUUAAAAAAAAAACUCGUUUUUAAGCAUCUAGAAAUGAAAAUUUUCAAAAGUUCUCGCUUCGCUCGGACCAAUUUGUUUCUCAAUUUUAAGAUGAACAAAUUUCACAUUUUGAUGCCUCCAAAAAACUAUAAAAGAAAAGAAACAUUUUCAAAAGUUAUUAUGAAUAUUGUAAUCAAUUGGCCAAACUUGAUGCAUGUUUUAUUCAUUCAUUCAUUUAUUUAUUUUUAAUUAAAAAAGUUAAUAAUCAAAGUUGAGCUGUUUUUUAUAUCCGAAGAAGUAUCCAGUUCGAAGAGAAGCUUAUAAAAAAAAUACACCCCCCCAAAAAAAAAAUUUCUUCAACCAAAAGUAUGCGGUAAGCAUAGAAAAUUGAAAAAAUUGGUCUGGAAAACCUGGAAAAGCCUUCCAGGGAAAAUCAUUUCCAGAAAUUGUUUCGAUUGAAAUAUUUAUAAUUUUAUCGACAAAUUCCAACUGGUUCAAAAAUAUAAUUUUUUUCUUGGGGGGGGGGGUCUGUGUAAGCUGGAUAAAAAAAAAUAUGAGGUACUGCAAAAGGUACUGUAAAAGUACUGCAUUUCUUCGGAGAAAUUUUGUUAGACACCCUGAUUAAAAUAUUACCAACCAUACAAAAUUUGAAAAUGUCCAACUUAUUUUUAUUAAGUAGUAUUUAAUGUUCUUCAUUAUUUAACACAAAAAAAAUGGAUGUUUCAAUUCAUAGUGAGAUCAAUAAUGCUGCCUUCUGGGGUUUCCACAUUUUCACUGUCAUCUCAUUUCACCUUUACCAAAUCCAUGGGCUCAUCUUGAUUUUCAUUAUUAAUGUGAACUUCUUGCUGUGUAAAAAAAAAAAAACGUUAAAAAAUCUCAAAAAAGUUAAAAAAUACUAAAAAAUCAUUAUGAAACAUAAAUGAGUGGGUCUAGGUAGGUAAAUAAAAAAACUCACUUUGAUAAAGAUCUUUUUUAUCAUCCUCUUGUUUGGUUUCAUUUUGUUGUUCCCUUGUGUUUACUGUCCAUCAUCUCCUCCCAAAAAUACUGUAUAUGUUGCUCUAGUCCACUAUCACUGCCAUCUUCUGUAAAAAAAAAAAAAAAAAUGAAAAUACAUAUAGUUGAUAAAAUUCACCAUUCAAAUUAACAUACCUUAGUAAGUAUUUGACAAAUAAAUAAGUAUUUAAAUAUUUUUUUAAAAAAUGAAAAAAAAAAUUAACUCACCAAUCAUAUCACGUGUCAGAUUGCUAAAAGUGUCUUCUAAUGUGGACUCCAUGGUCCAUGGUAUUUGAUCUCAAGGUUUCAUUUCUUGAAAUUUGGAAAUCAAAUAAUCCAACUCUAUAUGAUAUUUCUGCCUACAAGUGUUUAUCAUUUACACCUACUCACUCACCAGCAUUGCUAAUUUAUUUGUAGCAGUUGAUAUUUUAUCAUUCAUUUUCUUGAAAUAGCUUCCUAUUUCAAUGUUUUGUUUUCUUCUAACAUCAAUAUCCAGAUAAUUCAACUUCUGUUCUGACCAGCUCGUGUUAUGACCCUGGUAUAAUGUCAAAUUUGUUUUCAUAUUGAAAUUGAAUAGAAUGGGAUCUGGAGCAACAAUUUGACCAUUAAAAUAUCCGAAUCAAAUAAUUUUGUUAAAUAAUUAUUAAAAAUAUUUUCAAUACUGGUUCUUACCGGCCAUGUUGAUUUAAAAAAAUUAAAUUUGCAUAAAAACUGGCGAAGAGCUCGAGUACCUAUUCCACUGUGAGGUAUACCAAACACUGAUGAAAACGAUUGAAAAGCAGAGCAUUUUGAACCCACAAAAUUGCCAUUCACAUUCACCAAGAAUUAUCAGUUAUUCACCUUUCACAUACCUAAUCAUAAUAGUAGGGUACCUUAUGAAAUGAAACACCUAAAUAAAAAUGCAAUAAAAGAUUAAUUCUGUAAAUUGGAUCGAAUGAUUGCUUAACUACCUACAUACAUUAAUGUAAAAAAAAUUGUAUAAAUAAAACCCAAAAACAAGAAAAAAAACACUACUAUUUGAUUUGUUAUACGUAUGAACUUAUUUUGUGUAAUAAGUUACCUUUAAACAGUAUUAUAUCUACUUUGUGUUUGUGGUGUUUUUUUUAAAAGUUCACUUGCAUCAGGCCCUCUGCUGGGAUCUUCAAUGUAAGAAGAUUUCUCCUAUAACAUGGUGACCCUAAACUAUCAUUAUAAAGGAUACACUUUUCUUCAAUUUUUAUUUCUAUCAAACACCAGUGUUUGUUUUCCUUCAAAUGAAUAGGAAUUAUCAAGGUGUCAAAACCAAAUAUAUCUGUCUGAAAUGCGAGCAAAAAUUGCAUUUAAAAUUGACAAUAAAAUAAUGCGAGCAAAAAUUGCAUUUAAAAUUGACAAUAAAAUAAAACCUCAGGAUAUAUAUAACAAAUAACAAACAAUUGGUAAGUACCUAACAAAAAUAAAAUUUACCAACAUGCACUCGAAUAAUUAGGUACCUACCAGCUACCUAUAUGUAAACAAUUUAAAGAAAAAAGUCUUAACAUUUGUAUACAGAGAAUGAGAGAAAGAGGGAAAGAGGGAAAUUUUGUAAGAUUGCUGGGUAACAUACCUUGUUCUUCCAUAGUCUUAGUGACUUAUACCCAUCCUUUUGAAGAAGCGUUUUAUAUAAAUAUGAAUUGAAGCAGUAUACUUUUGGAUAUUGUGUUGUUAUCAAAUUCAUAUAUGAGUUGAUGACAAUGAUGACCUGAAACCAAGACAACAAUACAAAAAAAAUUACGCGAUUAAUGAUGAAAAUGAAAAAACAUCUUUCUGUGUAGAAAAACACACUUCGGUACAUAUUUAACAAUCCCUCCUCUUGCAAAGUAUCGAUAUCGUUAAUUCUGACACAAGUGUCUCCGAUUUUUGCGAGUGGUACUUUUCCCAACUUGAGGAUCUGAUCAAUAGCAUCCUAGUCAAAUACAAUAUUAAAAGCACACAAAUUGCAAAAAAAAGUACAAAAAAUAUAUAGAGAAAAUAUUUUCAAAAAAAUAUACAAAACAAAAUUGAAAUCAUAAUAACAAAAAACAAAAAAAUUUAAAAUUUACUUUAGAAUAAAAAUAUAAACUUAUGUAGCAUACAAAAACUCCUUAAAUUUGUAGUCGUUGAAAACGCCAUGUCAAAUCAUUUUUAUACAUACCUACACAAAUAUACGUGUGAAUGAAACUUACUAAAAUCUUUGUUUCAUUGGACAACCAUGAUUGAUAUUCUUUCCAUUUAUGAAAAUAUUUUUUUUAGACACUGAGGCUUACAUUUUUUUCAUUAGGAUACCUAACAAACCCCACUACAUAUUAUGAAACAAAAUCAUUUCAAAUGAAGUGUCCUACCUGAAAAUUUACUUCUCCAUAUUAUUUGCAAGGUAUUUAUUGCAUGUAUAGCAGAUGUUGAAUCGUUUACCCUUUUGAAGAACACUGUAUGCCAUGGUGCGUUGUUAAUUAAUGGCUGUCUUGCUCACUUUUGGUGAGUUCCUGGAAAUUAUUUCUAUCACAAACCAAAUAAACGUGAAUGUUAGUGACGAAUAAAAGACAAGUAAGUAGAACUUGAUAAGUUUUAUUAUUGUAUGUACCUGUGUGUAACUGCAAUUUUUUUAUCGAUUAUACAGUUGCAGUUUAAUGUGCAACAAGCCGCCACUGAUUCAAUAUCUUUGUCAUUGUUUGCGUACAGCUUAUGAACGUCUUUUCAUUCAAUUUCAUCUAGAUCAUCGACAGUGGCUGGAAUUACGUUUUUUUUUGGCCAAAUAUUUCUUCUUCUUUUUCAACUGAACCUCCAAAGCUACCUCGAAAUCAACCCAUUCUUCAACUAUAAUUUCUUCUUGUACUUCUUCAAUCGUUUGUUCUUGCUUUUCUUCAUCCUAAUUAAUCAUUAUUUGACGGAAUAAUAAUUCAAAGUCGAAAAGAAAAGAAAUUGAAAAAAAAGAAAUUUGAUGCAAAUUUUUAUCAGUACAUACUUCCGUAUUAUUUAAGAAAUGCUGCAAUAUUGCAGCAUAUUCUUCUUCAAACUUUUCUGGCUCAUUCAUUCUUCAAUUUAAAAUCAAAAUUAAUUAAAAAAAUUCCAUAAAACGUAAAAAAAUUGAUAAAACGGAUACGUUCACAGUACAAUUACGGUACGUUUUAGUUUUUACGCUCUCCUGAACAUUUUACGUUUUGGUCGACUGGGGGGUUUCUUUAUGGUAGGUCACAAACCAGAAAAAUCUGAAACAAAAUAUUAUAAUGAUAUUGACAGAUAUAUAGGAAUUAUCAAGGUAUCAAAACCAAACAUGUCUACCUGAAAUGCAAGCAAAAAUUGCAUUUAAAAUUGGCAAUAAAAUAAAACCUCUGGAUAACAAAAUUAAAAAUUACCAACAUGCACUUGCAUAAUUAAGUACCUACCUAUAUGUAAAUGAUUUAUAGAAAAAAAAUCUUAACAUACAUAUAUGGAGGAAAAGGGAAAUUUUGUAAGAUUGCUAGGUAACAUAUCUUUUUUGUCCAUUGUCUUAAGUGGCUAAUACCCAUCUUUUUGAAGAAGCUUUUUAUAUAAAAAUGAAUUAAUAAAACAGUAUACUUUUGGAUAUUGUGUUGUUAUCAAAUUCAUUUAUGCGUUGAUGACCUGAAACUGAGACAAAAAUACAAGAAAAAUUAGGCGAUAAAGUAUGAAAAUGAAAAAACCUCUUUCUGUAUAGAAAAACGCACUUUGAUAUUUAACAAUCCCUCUUCUUGCAAAGUAUCAAUAUAUGUAGUUAAUUCUGACACAAGUGUCUCCAAUUUUUGCGGGAGGUACUUUUCCCAACUUGAGGAUCUGAUCAAUAGCAUCCUAGGUAAGUACAUAAAAACAGAAAUCAUUUAAUCUUUAUAGGUGAGAAAAGCUUUGUGCAGGAUUCAAAUGACUAUACAAUACCCUCAUGGCUUCGAUAGUAAUGGGAUGAGCUGGAUGAGCUGAUUCGAACUGUUGUGCUUGUGCAACAAUAUGUAGUUCUCACUUGUUUGGGUUCAAUAGGGUAAAGCAACUUUGCCUCCUCAAAUUUCUGCAGUGUUUUCAAUUUCAAUAAGUUGAUGAUCAAUUACAUGUACAAUGGAAUUCACUUGAUCAUAGUUUGCAUAUGACACUAGUGCUUCAACUUGAUUCCCAAUCAUAAUAUUUUCAAGUGUGAUACUGUUUUACAUGAUCUGAGACUACAUUUGAACUUUUACUUGUUGCUUCUACAUAUACAUAUUACAUAUAUUACGCAUGUGCAGAAAAUUAAAUGCAUACAUAUUAAAUUUUGGUUAUUCUCAAUGAUCACUAUUGUGAUGCAAAUUUGAAAAUCAAUGCUAUUUUAAAUACUCAACAAAAAUGAAAAUACUACUGCUAGCCACACAACUUGUAUAAACCAAUGAACAAAUGUCUCUGAUGGAUGUCAAAAUACAUAUUACAACUUACAAGUAUAAUAUUUCACGAUUUAUCGCUCUAAAAGUGCAUUUCAAAAAAAAAAAAAUUGAUAAUACACAUUUUUUUAAAUUUUAUUGUUGAAGACUACAGUCCCCCUCCUGCAUAAAAUUUCUAUAAGUACAAUGUUUUCGAGAGAUAAAUGAGUGAAAAAUCAAAUUUUUUGGUAGGUAAUUUUUUUGAAAUUAGCAAAAUAUUUCAGAAUCAAGGUGAAAGCUGUUUGAAUGUUGUAUUUUUAAAGGCGCCUAAAAAUGAUAAUUUCUUGUGAGGAAGUUGAUGUGGCUUUAAUGUUUUACCAAUUUUUUGGAAAGAUGGAGUUUUCAUACUACAGAUCUAAGUACCUGCCUGCAAUCUGUAAUUUUGUGAGGAAUUAGUCAUCAAGGGAAUUGCUUUGUCUUGAUUCAUUUGCACACAGUCAUUAAAGAUAUUGGAAAAUUUCAAUGGAGAAUUUAGCUCGAAAUAGGUUGAAUGAAAAAUUCCAAGGUUGAAAUGAUUUUAGAAAUCAUCAAAUUGCAGUAUAUUUAAUCGUCAUUUCAUUACAUUUUUCAUUUGUCACACACUAAGGUGUUCACAAGUUUUUUGUAAAAUGAAAUGAACCUUUCACAUUGACUGUAACCACUACACAGUUCACAAUAAAAAUCAUAAACAUAAUUCAUACCUACUGCUAUUGAAUUUGUCUUAUUAGACUUACACAUUACAUACACAAAUGAUAAGACGAAUAUAUCUUUCAAUUUUGAAUAUUUGUUCUCAGUGUUGACAAUUUCUUUAUCAAUUGCUUUCUCAAAUGCGUGUGUCAGAGUUUCAUUCAUGAUGAUAUUUUUUACAAUAUUUGCCAUAAUACACAUUGGUAAAUCGCGUAGUGAAGCAUUCAUGAUUUCUUUGAAUCUGACCAAACCUUCAGCAAUUUCUUUUAGCUUAGCUCUGAAUUUGUCCAUAUCUUGAAGGGCGCUCGGAGUGGUUUUUAACCUAGCUGCCAAAUUAACACAUGUUUACAACAUUAGCACAUUAUGCAUGGGUGGUCACUGCAGUACAGAAGAGAUGAUAUUUAAGAUAAUUUGAAAACUGACAGUUUUGAAAAAUGAGGAGGGUCUACCUCAUAUUUUGAAAUAAUAAAUUGGUAAAUAUCCAAUUUCUGUAAAUUUAUCAUCUCAUCUCAUUCACCUCUAUUCUAGCGGCUGGUACUAUACAAUUACCUAUUUGAGCUACGUUAAAAAUUAGUUAAAAACUUGUAAGUAAUACAAUGAAAAACCUUAAAAUUACGCUGAAAAAGAGUCGAGAGCUUGAAAUACAAUUACAAAAUAUGUCGAAAAACGUUUAAAAUGCUUAAAAAACUAAAAAGAAAAUCAUAAAAUUCACACAAAAUUGUUAAGUUUUGGCACGUCAUACACAUAUUUACCAUUUUGGUGGGAAAUCACCUUUGGAGUGACAAUUUUGCCAUAGACAUUUCUCCAGUAGUAGUCUGCUUUAUCGAUUUUAGCUGGCCACCUCCAGCCUCUCUUACCAUUUUUCUCCAAACAUUUCACCUCUAUGGUGUCGUCGUCCAUAGUAACGAUCUGUCCAGGAUAUUUAUUGUCGAUUUCAGGACAGAUCACCAACAUAAAAUCAUCAAUGUUGUAUCCGUUCUCAUUUUUUUUUCAUUCAGUGAUGUUUCUGCAGGAGUUCUGAAAUUUUAGAAGUUCAUUAUAAAAUUUUCCACUUUUUAGUUUAAAUUUACCCCGUUCAUUUUAAUUUCCCCCCUCAAAAUUUCAAUACUUACCACAUUCUGAAAUACUACCCCUGAAGUGGACGGCUCGCAAUCUAUUUCAAAAAUUGGCUCAGGCACAGGUUCGUUAAUGGUUGGUAGGUACAGGCUCUUCAAUUACAGGCACACCCUCUUCAAUUACUGGUACAAAAUCAUCAAUCAACUAUUCUCGUAAUUUACUGGCAAUAAAGUUAAAAUUGAUGGAUCCUCUUCAUUGGAUGAUCCAACUUCCAGAUUCUGAGUUUCUUGACCAUUUAUCUCCGAUAGCAAUUCACCUAAUCCAUCCAGUUCUAAAAUAAUAAUAAAAAAAUAAAACUAGAGAAACUUAAAAUAAUGAUAGAUCAAUAAAAAAAAUAAAACCUCAAAAUUUAGUUUCACAACCACUUUUGAGAAGUAUUGCCAAUUCGAGAAUUUUUUUUUGAAGACAUUGAAAAAUAUAAAAAUUAUGCCAACAAGCCAACAUCAAUGAUAAUGUGCUAAUUUUUUUUUAUAAUUUUGAAGCGAUUUUUGCCACUUGAUAAAAAAUAGUAAAGGAAAACAAAACGAUCUUUUUUCUGUGCUCAUUUUAUGAACAAUUUGAAUUAAUAGGUAAGUACUAAAAUAUUCGAAACAUUGAUGAAAAAUUGAGACAAAAUAAUUGCCAGCAGUUUGGUUUUCACCAACACUUUUUUCGAGCUAUUUAAAUACUUUUCUAUUUAUUUUACCCCUAACAUGUUGGAAAUUCAAUUCUCCGGGUUUCUUGCACUUUUACUCCAUUUUUGUAGAAAAAUGAUUUCAAAAAACGAAAAUAAUGUCAAAAUUUGAAUUUAUUUUCCAAAAAAUUGAAAAAUUUUGAUGCUUAAUAUUUUUUUCCCUUUGCACAAUUUCCAAGUCCAUUUUGAUAAAAAAUUGAGACCAAAAAAUAUAAUGAUUGAUGGAAAAAAAUGAAUUCAAAGCUCCUGAAUCAAAAAAACAAACAGUCUCAAAUGUUUUAAAUAACAUUGGGGGAAAAAAACAAGCAAAAAGUUGAUAAUGAAUCCAUUUAUUUUGUACUUACCUUGCAGUAUUGCAUUUACCUUUCCAUCAUCUACAAAACUGAAUUCUUGAUUAUCCAUUUUUUUUAUACAAAGAAAAAAAUCACAAUUGAUGAAUAAAUAUUGCAGUAUGCACUAAACAAACUUAUCUAAGAUUACCCACAGUGUGGAUAUUAACAAAUACAAAUUAUCCCUAUUUAUGGGAUAUUACUGAACUAAAUUGAAACUAAAAACAAACAAACGAAUAGUACCUACUUAAGUACUAAAAUGAAGGUUGCAAAUGCUAGAAAGAGUGAUGCUCAUGAAUGUGUAUUUACACAAUGCAAACGCACUAUCACGUUGGAUGGGUUACCAAAAUGUCAGUAGGAAAACUAACAAACAAAAUAAAACCAAUGUGAACUUGAAAUUUUUAAAUUUUAUUUGAUUAAUUAACAAAUUACUAAACGAAUUGAAAAGCUAUGGAUACAUACUUAAAAACUUGAUGCAAAAACAUAUUUUCAACAAAAACGUUGGCUUUAAGAGCCAAACAAAACAAGGCAGCAUUGCCUCAGAAACAAUCGGCAAUUACAUGUAAUUUUGAGGAUUGUAAAUAACAAAAAAAAAAAAAGGAAAAGGACGCCUUACCUGCGGAUUUGAGGAUCCCAAUUUACAAGUCGUGUGGCGGUGUAAAUACUCCUAUACUUUCAACAUUUUUGGGUAACAUAUGGCAUGAUCCAAUUGGAAAUGUACCGCCACCCCCCCCCCCCUUGGAUGUGCUACAUUAUUUUAAAAAUAACAAAGUCAUUUAUAACCACAAGGCAACUCAGAGAUUGAAUUCUGUAAAUUGUGGACACUAGUGUUUAAAAUUUUUAAUAAAAUUGAAUAUUAGCAAGAAUGAACUGCCCAUGAUUAUCAAUCAAUUCACAAAUUAAAAUAUUACCAACCAUACAAAAUUUGAAAAUGUCCAACUUAUUUUUAUUAAGUAGUAUUUAAUGUUCAUUAUUCAACACAAAAAAAUGGAUAUUUCAAUUUAUAGUGAGAUCAAUAAUGCUGCCUUCUGUGGUUUCCACAUUUUCACUGUCAUCUCAUUUCACCUUUACCAAAUCCAUGGGCUCAUCUUGAUUUUCAUUAUUUAUGUGAACUUCUUGCUCUGUAAAAAAAAAACGUUAAUAAAUCUCAAAAAAGUUAAAAAAAAAAAAAUACUAAAAAAUCAUUAUGAAACACAAAUGAGUGGGUCUAGGUAGGUAAAUAAAAAAACUCACUUUGAUGAAGAUCUUUUUUAUCAUCCUCUUUUUUGAUUUCAUUUUGUUGUUCCUUGUGUUUACUGUCUAUCAUCUCCUCCCAAAAAUACUGUAUACGUUGCUCUAGUCCACUAUUACUGCCAUCUUCUGUAAAAAAAUAAAAUAAAAAAAUGAAAAUACAUGUAGUUGAUAAAAUUCACCAUUUAAAUUAACAUACCUUAGUAAGUAUUUGAUAAAUAAAUAAGUAUUUAAAUAUUUUUUUAAAAAAUGAAAAAAAAAUUAACUCACCAAUCAUAUUACGUAUCAGAUUGCUAAAAGUGUCUUCUAAUGUGGACUCCAUGGUCCAUGGUAUUUGAUCUCAAGGUUUCAUUUCUUGAAAUUUGGAAAUCAAAUAAUCCAACUCUAUAUGAUAUUUCUGCCUACAAGUGUGUAUCAUUUACACCUACUCACUCACCAGCAUUGCUAAUUUAUUUGUAGCAGUUGAUAUUUUAUCAUUCAUUUCCUUGAAAUAGCUUCCUAUUUCAAUGUUUCGUUUUCUUCUACUUUGAACAUCAAUAUCCAGAUAAUUCAACUUCUGUUCGGACCAGCUCGUGCUAUGACCCUGGUACGAUGUCAAAUUUGUUUUCAUAUUGAAAUCGAAUAGAAUGGGAUCUGGAGCAACAAUUUGACUAUUAAAAUAUCUGAAUUGAAUAAUUUUGUUAAAUAAUUAUUAAAAAUAUUUUCAAUACUAGUUCUUACCGGACAUGUUGAUUUAAAAAAAUUAAAUUUGCAUAAAAACUGGUGAAGAGCUUGAGUACCUAUUCCACUGUGAGGUAUACCAAACACUGAUGAAAACGAUUGAAAAGCAGAGCAUUUUGAACCCACAAAAUUGCCAUUCACAUUCACCAAGAAUUAUCAGUUAUUCACCUUUCACAUACCUAAUCAUAAUAGGUAGGUACCUUAUGGAAUGAAACACCUAAAUAAAAAUACAAUAAAAUAUUAAUUCUGUAAAUUGGAUCGAAUGAUUGAUCAACUACCUAAAUACAUUAUAGGUAAAUAUCAUCUUGUUUAAUAUCACACAAAUUUUAUAUGCAACCUUAUAACUGCAUUUUACCUGCAGAUUCCAUUCCAUUCAUCUUACAAUUCAAUCAAUGCGAACUCAAGUGUCAUUAAAAAUAUGUACAUAGAAUCUGUCACAUCACCUUACACAAAAAUUUAGGUUCUUACAUACCUAAUUUUAUAAAACAACUUUGUAAGUGCAUUUUAUUCUGCAUACCUAUAUUUACAUUUAUACAAUAUAAAAAAAAUUGUAUAAAUAAAACCCAAGAAUAAGAGAAAAAACACUCACUACUAUUUGAUUUGUUGUAUGUAUGAACAGUUUGAAAUUUGAAGCUGUUCUGACACCUUAUUUUAGCAAUGAAUUUAAGACGUUUUAAUAUUCCCCCUUUCCCUCUUUUUUGUCAUGUUAUGACUGAUCUGAUAUACCUAUCCUAAUUCAUAGCAAUUGUGACUUCCUUUGACUACAGAAAAUUUUAUACUGCAAUUAUUUCAGUGGAAAAAUUUUUCUUGCCAAAAUUAUGGCUCAGUCAUACUUCAAUUUAAUUAGAACUGCUCUGGUGGAAAAAAAAUGUGUACUUACAUUGUUAUUGAUGUUCAUUUUUGAAUUCAGCUUUCUUACUAUUGCACUUGAUUCCAGAGCCUGUAUUUAGAAAAAAAAAACAUUAAUUUUUUGAAAAAUAAAGCAGUUUUAUUUUUAGGUAGUAGCAUUUUUUCAACAAAAAAAGCAGUACUUUUUCGUAAUUUUUUUAAAAAAGAAUUUUCGUUUUCAGGAAGUAUCACUUUUUUAAAAAACUAAGCAUUGUAAUUUUUUUAAAAAAGCAUUUUGGUACACAUUAUUUUUUGAAAAAAAGCAUUAUUAUUUUUUCAACUACACUAACAAGGGAACUACCUGAACCGGCAGAAACGAAAAUGAACGAAUCAAAGCUAGAUCGAAAGGGGACCAUCUCAGGACCCCAAAUCCAAAAUUUCAAGUGCUAAAGUUGAUUUCUCGAUUUUUGGUGAAUUUUUGAAAAUUGAAAAAUCCGAAAAAUUAUCAAUUAAUACCAAAAAUAGAAAAUAUUGAUGAAAAAUGGAAUUUUCUCGGGAAGUGGCUCAGAUGGUGUCCCUAACUCAUUUACGACUAUCGAAAUUCGUAAAACCUCAAUUCCAGUCAUUCUGGAGCCUCCAGCGAUUUUUUAUCAUUUCUCCAGAAACUUGAAAUUGCUGUGGAACGGCUAAAAAUCAACUUUAGCACAAAUAACUUUAUUUGGGGACUAUGUGGGUUGCCUUUAACCAUUUUUUGCGGUUGUCGCGAAAAUCGGCGUCUGCCGGUUCAGAUGUGUAUUUUUGGCCACUGGAAAAAAAUGACAAAAUUUGGAAAUGUUAACGGAUGCUCCAGAAUGGUCGAAAUGGAGGUUUCACCUAUUCGGAACGUCGAAAAUAGGCCAGAGCUCGAUUUCGGAUACGUAACAUCGCAAAAGAUGGAAUAUUUGACAUUUUCAAAUUUUGUCAUUUUUCCAGUGGUCAAAAAUACACAUCUGAACCGGCAGACGCCGAUUUUCGCGACAACCGCAAAAAAUGGUUAAAGGCAACCCACAUAGUCCCCAAAUAAAGUUAUUUGUGCUAAAGUUGAUUUUUAGCCGUUCCACAGCAAUUUCAAGUUUCUGGAGAAAUGAUGAAAAAUCGCUGGAGGCUCCAGAAUGACUGGAAUUGAGGUUUUACGAAUUUCGAUAGUCGUAAAUGAGUUAGGGACACCAUCUGAGCCACUUCCCGAGAAAAUUCCAUUUUUCAUCAAUAUUUUCUAUUUUUGGUAUUAUGUAAUUGAUAAUUUUUCGGAUUUUUCAAGUUUCAAAAAUUCACCAAAAAUCGAGAAAUCAACUUUAGCACUUGAAAUUUUGGAUUUGGGGUCCUGAGGUGGUCCCCUUUCAAUCUAGCUUUGAUUCGUUCAUUUUCGUUUCUGCCGGUUCAGGUAGUUCCCUUGUAAGUAGUAACAUUUUUCAAAAAAAAUCAGCAUUUUUUCGUAAUUUUAAAAAAAAGUAUUUUUGUUUUCAGGAAGUAUCACUUUUUUAAAAAACAAAACAUCGUGAUUUUUUUAAAAGAAGCAUUUUGGUGCUUACAUAUAAUUUGAAAAAAAAAUACAUUUUGAUUUUCAGAUGUAGAAUUUUUCCAAAAAAAAAUGAAGCAUCGUAAUUUUUUUAAAAAUAGCAUCACCUGAUUUUUAUAAAAACAAUCCUGGUCUUGUUAAUUCUUGAAGUCUUUUUUCUGCUCUUAUUAUCCUCUGAAUCACCUCGUUAAUUGCAGGAGUAGUUGAUUCUUCCCGCUUAUACAUAUAAUACUUACACCAAUUAUUUAAAAAAAGCAGUAUGGGUUUUUUUUUAAAAAAAAGCACUAAGUCCCUUUUUGUGAACACAUCUCCAGUCUGUUCAUGCGACCGGUUUCAUACACAAAUAUGUCUGUUAUGCUAAUCACGAUCGUGUGGACGAAUAUCGAGAUUUUUAAAACUACUGUAUGAGUGAGAGAUGGGAAGUAGAUGUCACAUCAUGUAGAAAAAAAACCAGUCUAAAAACCACUUAUUCGAUGAUCGUGAAGCGCUAUGUCAUGAGCGGGGUGAGAGGGAACGUAUCUUUGUUGCCUAAAACCGAAAUAUAAAUGUAGAUACAAUGAUCGCCGUUCUAGUUUUUUUUCCCAUGAGUUUAUUUGACGAAAGUGAAAGAGAGCCUGUAGAAUCCCAACGCGAGUGACAAGGACAAAUGCGGAAAAUUGAUGAAAAAUGAAACUCUGGCAUCGAAAAAAACCAGCAGGGGCGGGGGGACGGACGUCGCCUAAAACCACUUAUUCGCGAGCAUUUUAUCGCUACCAUGCAAAAAUAUGUACCAGAUACCUACUGUUUAGUUUUUUUCCCACAAAUUUAUUCGACGCAAGCGAAUGCGGAAAUUUUUCUCUUGAUGAAACAAUUCGAGCAUCCCGGCGCGAUCAUGUGCAAAGGGGGGGGUAAGGAGGGACGCAUCGUGUCUGUAGAAAAACCGGUGGAUACAAAGGUGAAAGAAUUUUCAUCGUGUGCAAAUUCAUUCACUUUAUUUACUUCAAUUAGAAUUCAAUUGUUUGUAUUAGGUAUUUUGCAAAUCAAAUUUAAUAUCUCAAACAUCAAUUAUGAGUACCUAGGUAUACAUGGACAUAAGACACAUGUGUGGGUACUAACUGUUUCUUUAGCUUUAGCUACAGUGUUUUCAAAAUCCUGAAAACUCUCUUGUUCAUGCUGCAAAAUCUUCAAGCGAAAUUCUAUUAAUAUACAUUCCUCAACAGCCUAAAAAAUACAGUAAUUUGAAUAACUUUCAAAAACUCCAACUUACUGUCCAGAACGAAUGGAUAGAAUCGAUUCUUUGAUAAAUGGUAUGGCAGGUCGGCGCGUUCGAUGCGGCCACCUACACGGAUAAGUCCCUUUUCAAGAAAAGGAGACAAUGACGUGAGUCUACUGCGACUUGGAAGAGGUUGCUUGGCGUUUAGCUUGUCGAAUUCCUUCGGGUAGGUUUCGUGUUGAGCCUUCCCGCCUAAUUGAUUUAUGAAAUCUCUUUUAUAGUUGUCUAUAAAGUAAUCAUCAGGAAAGGAUAAGUCUGCCAGCAAAAUUGUCAAAUUUUUUUUUCAACAAAUUUUCUAAUUAGGAUACAUUUAUGUGGGAAAAAUGUCCUAAUAUGCUUCAUGCGCGUAACAGAAAAUGACAACUACAUCACAGUUGUUCACCUGGAAGUAAUUCAGAAAUGAUACACCCCCAAUAUACAUAAGUAGUUUAUAGUGGCUGUAGAAAAGUUCCUCAGAAAAGUUGAAUGCAUAGAUUCAAAUGAAGGUAUUUAUAUGUAGGUACUUUCCAUGGAAUUUUUCCAAACUUGGAAAAUUCAACAAAUUCAACUCUUUAUCAAAGUGAAUUAUCAUCACAAUUUAUAAGAAAUUACCUACUGAGUGCUACAUCAAAUGAAGUGUAGCUCAUCCAGCUGACUUGGAUUGUUUUACCUACGUUGUUGACAGUUCCUCUCUUGCUCUCUUCUUCUCUCUACUUCUUGCUCUGGCGUUCUUUCUCCCGUCCUCGUUCUUGAUUUCGGCGCUCCGGAUCCGCGUUUGCCAUCUUCUGGACUCUGAAAAAAAUGCUGACAUGUAGAAUAAACUAUAUGUUUAUGUACAUGUGUACGUACAUAAUAAUUAUGCAUGAUAUAUUAAAUACUUGUAUGUACAUAAUAUAAGUAUUAUACAGUAUACUUAAUGUAGGUAAAUCAAUGAUUAUGAAUUGUUUUUUUUUGGACUCUUUUUCAUAAGAUAUUGAGUAAGGGAGAAUGAAGAUGUGUUAACGGUAAAGGUAGUUACUGUUGUUUCGGAGUUAAUAGGGAAAAGGAAGAAUAAGAAAAGGAAUUGUUGCCGCCAGAUUUCUCGAUCUUGCUGUAAUUUGCACCGGUUCUUUCAGCUCUACCAGUUUGUCUGGCAUGGUCGUAAUGGCAUGGACUUCAGGUAAUCUAAUAAAUUGUUCGUAAAUGGCUGCUCGUUCAAUUGGGAUCCAUUGGAUAUUCAUUGACUUAUUAUCCGCAACUACAAAUCCCUUGCAUAGCGUCCCAUUUUGCUCCUAUUUCAUUUUUCAAAAAUUUGAAAGUUUAUUAUGGCUCCUCAUUAAAAGUAGGGUAAGAACACAUUAUGAUUCACUCUUAACUGAACAAAAAUAACUAAAUCUUAAAGAAAAAAUGGAAACAAUAAUUACGUACAUAAUUAAGGAGAUAUUAUAAUUGGAGCAUCUUGAUCCAAUAUUGUGUUUUGAAUUUUCACAUUCCACAACUUUGGAUGACUUACUCCUAAUCACCAUAGUAAUGAAAACAUUUCAGUGGUACUUGAAACACAUUUCAAAUAUUUUUUUAUCCAUUAAUAUUGUAGAAUAAUGCCAACUUGAAAAUUUUAGAACUAUUUCCAAUGUAUAGAGCUAUUUAUUGCUUACACAUAUUUUAGUUCUAAAUAUUUUUUUAAUUUAAAAAAAAAAUUAUUUACUACAUUACUCUCAACUUGAACAAUAUAAUUGUAAAUAUUAAAAUUAUGUAAGAACACAUUAUGAUUCACUAUUUACUUAAACAAAAAUUAACCAAAUCUUAAAGAAAAAAAUCAAAAUAAUACUUAAUUGUAAAGUAUGGAUCCAUUUUGUUGAAACUCACAAAAUGAAACUAACACUUGACUAAAUGAUGACAAUACUGCAACUAAAUUCAAUUUUCUGUUUGCUGGUAAUUUUGCCUGUUGUAUUUUCUUCUCUGCUUGGCCAUCGCCCAUUAGGAAUCCCCCCUGGUUUGAUUUUAUUGGUGAGAAUAUGUAUUCACCAAUGGAUUGCCAUAGCACAGUAAUUGGCUUUUCAGUUUUCUUGAUCUUCCUCCUCCAUAAUAUCUUUCAUUACUGUCUCUUCUAGAGCUGUCUCACAUUUUGCAAACUCUGAAUCCUUUUCAUAUCUCAUGGUUAUCCUCAGUCUGGCCUAUUUUCACCAUUGCGAUUUGUCCUUCUGGAGGCACGUACUGGAGUUGACUCUAUAGAAAGUUCCUCAACAAUGAUCUUCUGUUCUCACCUAAAAUUUUUACUUUUCAAUUGAAAACUACAUAGUUGAUGAUUUAAAUGAGGAACAUCAAUUGUUUUGGGUUCUUUGACACAAAUUAAGAAAAUAAGACAAACAAUUUAAAUUAUUUAUUAAUAUUAUACCGAAUACAUUGAUACGCAGUUUCCCCAUUUAUAGGCUUUGUGUAGAAGUUUUCAGUAACUAUACUAUGGUUCCCGUGGAUUCACAAAGAGCAUAAUCGCCUACUCUUGUUAUUUCAUUGUAAUUUGUUUUUUCUGGCAUAUCAUCCCAUUGAAUAACGCUGAUUACAGGUGGCGGUCUUGAUGCUGGCAAAUAAGCAUUAUAGAAUUAUAUUGCAGAUUUAUUUUUCCACUACAUCAUGUGUUUUUUAAUAAAACUGUGGUAUUCAUAUGGCGUAAUGUCCUCCUCUUCUGAACCAACAGCUACUGUGGUAAAUAUUAGGUGUAUCAUUAUUGUUGCAAUUAUGAUUACUUGGGUCAUCAUGUCCUUAAAGCAAAUCAAAAAUUUCAUUAGUACCUGUAGUGUUUAAAUACAAAAAAAGAUGUAGGUAGCUCUGGUAGCUGAAGUUAUCCACACCCACAAUAAAAUGCACACCACUGAUAUAGGCACACUGGCACAGUCCAGCCACACUAUAAAAAACCUAACUUCAUAAUUCCUGUAAAUUAGUUGUAAGUACACAUUAAACAUUGAUUCAUAUCCGGAAUCGUCAUACUGAAAGUGAGAUAGUUCACUAGCAAUCUAAUUUUUUGUACUCGCUGAAAUCAGACGUAAUGCUAGAUGAAUUUUCUCGGUGUGAAGGAAAUUGUCAAAUUUUGACAAUUUUAUGCAGAGAAUCUCCAAUAAAAAAAAAUCCUAUGCGAUAACAGGCAGUUUCACUUUUUCAGAUUUAUUAGUCGAUCGAUUUCUCAGUCGUUGUCUGAAUUUGUUGCGGACAAAUAUUUUGUGAAGAAGAAUUAUUUUCCCGAGUAUAUUUUUUUUUAAAAACUAAUUUUCCUCUACCUUUUUGUUUCAAAUAUUUUUGAAAUUUGGUUUGAAAUGAAAUUAAAUUCAAAUUGCACAAAAAAAGAAAGCUUCGAGGUGGUUUUGAUUGUAUUUAUUUUCUCUCAGUUUUUUCUGUGGUUCAAAAAUUCACUUUUAAUUCUCUCUCAAAAAAAAUUUAACCACACUAAAAAAAAAUCAAAAAUUGAUUAUAGUUUCACAAUUUUAGAUUUAAAAAAAUUUUUGAACGAGUUGAUGAAAAAUUUUCAAGAAUUUUUGACGAAAACCUUACGCAACGAUAUUCAGGUAAAUUUCACUAUUUUCAAAAAUGAUAAUCGCAUCACUAAUGUUUUAUCUGCGAUAUUGCAAUUUGUACUACAUUUUGACCUCCAAAUAUUCUGUAAUGACGGAAUUGAAUCCCGUCGUUCUUCCAAUGAUCUCUAUCACCUUCUCUGGCUUCUCUACUACCAAAAUAACAAAAGUAUUUUUCAUUCCGCCAUUAUUUUUUCCUCAUUCCUCAUUCACACUUUGCGGGAGUUAUUAAAUACAAAUUACCAAUAUUAAGUGAUUAGUAAAAUACCCCCGCUUACAUUACAGAGAUUAAAAGUCCAACUCUACAACACAAAACAAUGAUGUAUUUAUGUAUUCGCUCAAAAUAAUGUCUGUCGUAUUUUUUGAAAUUCUUCUUCAUCAAAAUCGGAAAUCUUUUUUCUGCUGGUGUGAAUACUAAAUACUAAUACUAUUUCAGAACCACGUCAGUCUGACAUUCAGUCUUUCACUCUUUCUGAUCAAUAAUCAAGUCAUGUCAUAUUGGCCUUUGUUCACAUUCAUUCAUUACAAAGUGAGACUUUAAUUAAUAAUUACACUCCUGUUGAAAGAAACUUUGAGAAAACAUCUAAUAUUAACCAAUGAUUGGACUCAUGGAGUCUUCAUGUAUGAAAUUAUGAAUAUUUCAUGCGCCUAAGUGUAUGUUUAAACGGUGCACUUUAUGAAAGACAAUUUACCUCAAAUUCCAAGUUGAGAUCAAAUUUAGUUGUCUUAUUUUGGAGUCAAAAUGUUGAAUGAAAAUAAAUAAUUAAGUUAGUAUAAGAGUUUAGAGUAGAAAUUAGAAAAGAAUACAGAAAAUAGAAAUGGAAUGGAAAAAAGGCGGAAUGUAGCGGCAAAAAUUCUUAUCAGCGAGUGAUAGGACAUAGAGACCGCUGAGCGAAUAAAGAGUUGAACAUAACGAACAAUUUGUGCAGUUCGGAAUAUUUGGCAGAUCAAAAAUGUAGUACAAAUUGCAAUUUCGCGUUUUUUCCUCACCAAAGGGAGAAGUAACGAAAAUGAAAAUGAAAACAGAGAGACAGAAAACGUUUACAAGCACAAUAUACACGAUUUUUAGACAGAAUUCGAAUAUAAAUUUUUCAUAAUAUUUGUGCAUGAAUCUAAUUUGUAGGUAUAUGGCGAUUACUUACUCGAAUCUAAUUGUGGAAUUUAGCGUUGAGGUCAAUAAAUCUUCAGUACCAUCGGUUUUGCCACUUUUUCCGAAGCACUUUUGAAGAAUCCAAUUGAAUAUUUUACUGAAGCAACACUUUUUUUGUUAAUUAUCUGAACAACUCAUGUCUUAUGAUUCUACCUUCUUUUAUGUUUUCAUGGUUUUUGCUAUCUUCUGGCUGAUGAAAGGAUGUUUUCUUCUUUUAUUUUCCUAUGUUAACGGACAUGUGAUAUUUGUAAAUGAAAAAAAAUGGCUUACUUGACAUUCGCAAUUUGUACUACAAAACAUAAAUGGCUUACUUGGCAUUCACAAUUUGUGAUAUUCCAUAACCAACAAGAUAUUGAUGAUGUGGCUGAUCUGACACCACAGAAUCUGCCUCCCCACUUGCAACAUUUGAAUAUAAGAGAUGCUCUGGAGUAGGUAACAUCCUACAACAAUAGUUAUUAUUGUGGUAUACGAUUAAAACAUGAUGAUGGUAAAAUAUGAUGUAAUAAUUUGGAUCAAUAUUAACUAUACUUCAGAAAUCUACAGGCUCGAUUUGAGGACUCCUCAGCUUCCAUAAUUUUUUAAAAUCAUUUUUAAUAAAAUAAUAAUAGGUAAGUAAUGCUUAAUAAAUUCAAUAUUCACCUUAGUUGUCUGUUUCAAAGGGAUUGACUGAUUCCCAGUUUGAGCAUGACCAAACACUUUUCUUCAAGUCAUUAUAAGUGCCCUCGAAAUAUAUCGCCAUAAGCAUAAUACCUAUUGGGGGUAUCUAUGUAUAUCCUAAGGAGAAAAAAAUUAAUUAAAAUAGAAAUUUAGAAGAAUUAUAAUAAUAAAACUUACAACGGAUCAGGGACCACUUCAGGAGUAGGAUAUCUGGUUUUUUUUUCAAUUUUCUCAUUUGGUAAAUUAUACUCAUCAAAUUCCAUAGAUUUAUCGGAAACAGUUUCACUAUACAAAAAAGUAAAUUCAAAUUUGAAAAUUUAUAAAAAUUAAAAAAUAUCACUAUAUUUUAGGUUACACCUAAUACCUAAAAAUUAUUUAUACUUACUCAGUGACAACGUUCACAGUUUCUUCUCCAUCAGUGCAACUUUCAAUUCCACAACCCUCAAAACAUGAAAUUCCUUCAAUUAGUGCACUGCAACUUUCAUUUCUGUAAAAAAAAAACACAAAUUGAAAAUUUAUAAAAAUUAAAAAAUAUCACUACAUUUCAGUUUAGGCCUAACACUUAAAAAUGAUUUAUACUCACUCAGUGACAACGUUCACAGUUCCUUCUCCAUCAGUGCAACUUUCAAUUCCUUCUCCUUCAAUUAGUACACUACAACUUUCAUUUCUAUAUAAAAAAAAAACAAUAGUAUUAGUAUAAUUUAAAUCUAUCUAGUUAGGCUAUCAAAAAUCAUAAGUAUUAACACACUGGUAUAGCAAACAAAAUAAUUUACAAAAAUUCUAGUGUACAUGUAUGCAUAGUAAUUUAUGAUCUACUCACUUUUUUGUCUUCAACAAAGAAAAUGUAUCAUGUACAUUUCAGAAUCCAUACAAUUCUUCUUCUUCAUUGCUCGAUGGUCCUCCCAUAUAACUUUUGCUGUAAAAAAAAACAUCUAUCGCACGUGACUGGUUAGGGCCGAACAGAGAACCAAGAUUGAUAUUAAAAACCAAUGCAGCAUAAUAUGAGUAACUGGCCCUCGCCACCAAUAUGCAAAAAUUGAAAACUUAUCUAUUAGUUAUUGUGAUGAUGAUUCAGCUAUGAGAUAACAAGUUGAAUUGAAUUUUGAUGGUCUUUGGGCAUAUUCCCAAUACACCAAAUUUUUCAUUCCAUCAUCAAAUGGCCGGAUCCAAAGUAUUUUAGGUCGAUGGUUUGUACUAUGCAAAGAUCAGAAUUAGCUGCAUACAAUAAACGCAAACAAAAAGUUCUGUUUUUUCUAAAGCAGAAAUUCGAUUUCUUCAAUCAUUAUGCCAGUUCGUUUUUUUUAUAAAAGAAAACAAAAUUUUUAAAAAUUUGAAAUUUAAAAUGAUCAUUUUUUUUCAAAUUCAAACAUUUUUUUUCAAAUUCAAACCUCACAUACUUACUCAAUAUCUGAAAAAGUAGCUGAACUUGUGUCAAAAAAUGACAUAGCAGCCCCUGUUGUUUUUGAGGCCUUAAUUUUAUUCAACUCUUGCUGAUAAGUAUUCCUAAUACUUCUUAGCUUCGUUUUAAUUUCAUCCGAAACAUGUCAUUGUUUCUGAGCUCCAUAAUCAGCCCUUCAAAGGCUACAGCUCGUUUUGUUGAAUCCUUAUAAUUAGGAUCCUUCAUAUUAUACAUAUAUUAAAGGAAAUUUUUUGAAACAUGACAAAAAUAUGGUAAUCUUCUGAAAAUUCCACUUUUCCUUCUCCAUUUUAAAUAAUUAAUUAUUAAUAUUUUUUAAAAUGUCACCACCAAAUGGAAUCACUAAUUCACUAUCAAUCAAAUCAAUCAAUGUGAUUUCUCCAGUGUGCUCCAGUGAUUGAUAACACAAAAAUCUUGUCGCUUCGGAUGUUUGUAUGAUCCCUCGGAGCGUACAAACAUCCAAAACAACAGCAAGUACUUGCAAAAGUUGAAAAUAUUUCAACCAUCAGCAAGUACUUGACAGUAGCUCUCAAGUUUACUUGACUAGUAAAUUUCACUAGAAAAGUUACUUGAUCAAGGAACUUGUACCUAGUAAACUUGCCCAGUGAAAUAUCCACUUUAGGUUCACUAGGAAUUCCGCUUGUGGAUUCACACUUUCACACUACCGCUAGGUAUGAUAGGUAUGAUCGCAUAAUAUUCUCCACAUAAAUUACAAAUAACCACACAGUCGUUGAAAUUGAAAAACUCUCACUUGAUAACUGAUCUACUGUGAUUGCACUCAUUUUGAGAGGAAUUAGUUUUUGUAAUAAAAUUUAUCAAUUUCAACCGCUUCAGGCCAAAACUCCUUACCUAAACCACUUUCCCGUAAAACUGUUUUGGCUCUUUCCACUAUUGUCCUAUUCAAUCGCUCAGCACAACCGUUCUGCUGAGGAAGAAAAGGCAAUGAUUACUGUAAUGGAUACCACGAUUCCUACAAUAAUCUUUCAUCUCGUUACUUACAUAUUCGCCUCCGUUAUCACAACGUAGCACACAUACAUUUUGACCAUACUGAUUAAUGAGAAGAGUAUGAUUCAGUUUUUGGCACAAAAUUCACUUGUUUGAAGGCUACCAUGACCUUUCUUGUCCAUUGUAGUGACAGAUUAUACAACCUACCUACCCAAUUAAACAAUAUAUGUCAUCAUGACAGAGUCUACUUUAAUUUUCAACUAAGGUUUUGAAAAUAAAUUUCUUCGUCAUCAAAACUAUAACGAAUGCUGAGCAUAAUUUCAAUCAUAAAAAUUGCGAAAUCAUAAUACAUUUUUUACCACUGAUCAGUCUCAGAAUCACAGAUCUACGCUUUACCAAUGGAACACAUAAUCGAUAGCUUAAGGUAAGGAAAUAUAGAACAUUUCAUGAAUAAAUACAUAGUCGAUAUUAUCUAUAAAUUUCAGGAGGAGAAACGCUAGAACACUUACGUGCUCUGUGUUUUCUCAUCCCCCUGAAAUUCCAGGCGGCUCGGAUAAAACUGAAGUACAGUAUUUAAGUUCUUCAGCGUAUUAUAUUGGAUAUUACUUUGCAAAUCUUCGAACCAGCGGACAUAAAAGGGGAAUAGCCCCCUAAAUCGGUCAGAAAAAACAAAAUUUGGGGGGAUGGCCCCUCCAUUUCUCUUCGCUCUGGCCAAAUUCGUUAUAUGAGUCUGUGAAAAACAAAAACAUUUUAGAAAAAAUUAUAAAAAAAAAAUACGCAUAAAUAAACAACAUUUUUUAUACCAAAUUUUGCCAAUAAUAGGCAUUAAAAAAGUGGCACCGGUAACUAGAACAAUAUAUCUCUUCAAUAAUGUCCGUACAAAAUCGUGUAGCAUGACACGAUUCAUGUUCGUAUGACAAUCGCCGAUCCACCAUACGCCCUCUUACACAUGAAGCUACCGGUGGCCCAUAGUGGCAAAAUCCUGAUUUUUUUGGCUGCUUAACGUCUAUAACCUCGGGUAAAGUAGUGUCUCCAGAAACCAAACUAAUGUUCCAUUUCUUGGGAACUGAGAAAGACUACAACAAAAAAAACAAGAGAAAAAUAAAUACAAUAAUAACAAGAAGAAAAAUGCAAAAAUACAACAAAAAUUAAUAGUCUCACCAAAAUAUCUGGCCUACAGGGCCGUAAACGGACUGGCAAAAUUUCUGCCUCCAGGAAACUUUUUUCACAGAAUUAUCCGCAACUACAAACAAACAAAAAAUGUUUGAUAAAAACAAAAUUUUUUUUGCUCAAAAUUUUUGGUCAGAUUUCUUACUAGCAGUUUCAGAAUCCUCGAAUACUUUUCCUACUCCAUCUGGCACCACUUUCUCGACUACAUUUACCACUCCAUCUGGUACCACAUUCUCGACUACAUUUACCACUCCAUUUGGUACCACAUUCUCAACUACAUUUACCACUACAUCUGGCACCACAUCUCUAUUUUCUUUAAAAAUGAAUAAAUAUAAGUCAUGAAUAAAAAAAUCGAAUCAAAAUAUGAUAAAUAUCAUUAAAAUUUUACCAUUUUCCAAAGACGAUCCCAUAUUUUCAGAGCCAACAACAAAAAAACUGCCGAGCCCUUCAAAAUCAAUUGACUCAUUUUGAUUAUCGAUACCAAAAUCUAGUGAUUUUAAUAAAAACAUAUUAAUCCAGUUCACUAUAUUUUAGAAAAAAUAAUAAUAAUAAAUACAAUAAAAUAGAAUAAAAACUAUGUUUACCAUCAGAAGCAUUUGAAUUUAUUUAAUGAAUACUUCACAUUUGGCGGGAAACUGAUAGGGGGAGCGGUACAAUCUUUUGCCAUAUGACUUCCUAAUUUCCCACAAUUGUAGCAGGUCAUUCUCGGAUUUGUACACUGUGCCACAGUAUGGUUUGGCUUUGAGCACAGAAAGCAGAUGACUUUUCUGGUGUUUUGAGAUUUUUCAUCAGAACCAUUUGAACCACCUCCUUCAACCUUGAUAGCUGUUCCUGGACCUUCAGUUGGCCCUUCGUUAGUCCUUGCCUUGGACUCCUUAUCGCUGGAUUCGAGUCCCAACGCCAAUUUCUUUAUUUCAUCAAAUGCAAUAUCAUUAUUUGAAUCGAACCUUCUGCAGCAUUCUGAAAACCUCUCCUUGAUGGCUAUGCAGUAGUUUCCAACAAUUUUCUGGGGUUCUAGCUUUACCCCCGACGCAAUUAAUCGUUUCGUUUCCGCUUGAAACCGAUUGGUAAAUUUACGAAUAUCUUCCUCAUCACAUAUUCUUCUGAGCCACUUCUAAUUGUACAUAUAUAAUGAUAGCAUAGAUUAACAAUGUGUUUUAGAGAUUGUGAUUCUUCGGACUUGGCUACACUUAUAGCGGAUGUGCAAUCCUCAUACAUUAUCAGUAAUAGUUUAUUCACAUAAAAAAUAUUAACAAUUUGGUCGGUUAUGGACGAUGACAAUGUUGUGUGUCCUACGAUGUAUUGAACGCGACUAAAAUGACCAAUCCACCAACGAUAUAUUCAUUAGUGGAUGGUUUCCGCUAAAACUGGUGAUCAACAGUUUCAGCGGAAAUGUGGCAUGGUUGCCUUGAAGUACCACGUGCAACUUUGUACAUGCAAAGUUGCACAUCAGCGAAUUUUGUAUCUGCCAAUGCGAUUUGCACAUCAGCAAAUUUUGUAUCUGCCAAUGCAAUGGCGUGAUAUUUUAGCCAUCACAUUGGCCUAAGAAGUCAUUCGGCGGCUCAUAUCUUCUGAUAAAAACACCAGUCGCCGAAUAUGGCGUGAUUUUACAAUGCCACAAUCGUAACACUUUAGAAAGGUCAAUGUCAUAUGUAUGUACUAUGAAUCUAAUUUGUAUAUGGCGAUUACUUACUCGAAUCUAAUUGUGGAAUUCAGCGUUGAGGUCAGAAAAUCCUCAGUACCAUCUUUUUUGCCACUUUUGCCAAAGCACUUUUGAAGAAUCCAAUUGAAUAUUUUACUGAAGCAACACUUUUUUGUUAAUUAUCUGAACAACUCCUUAAUAAUUCAAUCAUAAAUUACCAUUUAAACAUUUAUAAUUAAGCAUAAUUUUCACAAUUUGGACAUGUGAUCACAUUAUUAUCUCCUUCAAUUAAUCCCAGGCAUUCUUCAUGCAUAAAAACUGUGACAUUUUUGGCAGUCGCAUGUCUUAUGAUUCUGCCUUCUUUACAUAGGAUGCAAAACAUGUUUUCAUGGAGGCUGACGAAUGGAUGUUUUCUUCUUUUAUUUUCCUAUCAGUUUGAGCACGACCAAACACUUUUCUUCAAGUCAUUAUAAGUGCCCUCGAAGUAUAGACACAUGUCUUGCUUAGGGAUUUUCCACUUUGGGGAGAUGUUUUGAAUGUUCUGUACUUCAUUUUUUUAAAUAUGACAUCGAACCAAACUCCAUUAAAAAACUCCAUAGUAACCUCGAUGUCUUUAAUUGAGGCAUCCAUACAGGUCAUAUGCUGCCUGUAUGCAUUGAUGUAAUCAAAAUCAAAAAUUGCCAAGAUGUCAGCUACUUCUGCAAGUACAGCAGUCAUGGCAUUCAAGCGGCUUACAAGUUUUCCACCAACCUAAAGCAAUGACAAACAGGAUUUUUGAAUGGGUAGUUGAAAAACAACUACAGGUUGAUAUGUUGCAGCAUGCAUAAUAACCUAAUGAUAAUAUGUGGGUACCACCAAUAAUAGUAGUUACUUACAUUGGAGACGUUUUGAAUGUUUUGAAAGUUCUGUAAUUGUCUUCAUUUUUUUAAAUAUGACAUCAAACCAAACUCGAUUAAAAAACUCCAUAGUAACCUCGAUGUCUUUAAUUGAGGCAUCUGUACAGGUCAUAUGCUGCCUGUAUGCAUUGAUGUAAUCGAAAUCAAAAAUUGCCAAGAUGUCAGCUACUUCCGCAAGUACAGCAGUCAUGGCAUUCAAGCGGCUUACAAGUUUUCCACCAACCUAAAGCAAUGACAAACAGGAUUUUUGAAUGGGUAGUUGAAAAACAACUACAGGUUAGGUUAGGUUAGGUUAUUAUCAAAAAAACAUUUUAUGAAUUGAAAAAAGUGCCUGUUAGGGCUAUUGUUCUCAAAAUGAUGUUUUGAAUAAAAUUAUCAAAUAAACUGAUGAUGAAUUCGCUACUGUGGCGGCUUUCAUUCUUAGAAGUCAGAAUGAUGUUGUUUUGAAUAAAAUCAUCAAAAAAACUGAUUAUGAACUUUAAAAAGAGUUUCUGUGGUAGCUUUCAUUCUUAAGAAUGAUGUUGUUUUGAAUAAAAUUAUCAUAUAGACUGAUGAUGAAUUUGAAAAGAGUACCUGUGGUGGCUUUCAUUCUCAGAAUGAUGUUAUGUUGGAGGAUAAUAAACUUAUUGAGAUAUGGAAAUGCACAAAUAACCACUGGAUAUAAUUCAAUAAACACAAUGCUAUUUUAUGGCAUGCGUAAUACUCGUAACCAAAUAAUAAUUGCUAUGUAUGCGGGUACCACCAAUAAUAGUAGUUACGUACAUUGGAGAUGUUUUGAAUAAAAUUAUCAAAAAAACUGAGUAUGAAUUUAAAUGAGUACCUGUGGCAGCUUUCAUUCUCAGAAUGAUGUUGCUUUGAAUAAAAUUAUCAAAUAAACUGAAUAUGAAUUUAAAAUUGACUAACAUGAUCCAAAUGUGUGUGGUUUGAGGGUGAGAGAAAAAAAUUUUCAACUGUUGACCCAUCAAGAGUGACAAGUCAUUUGAAAAAUCAACUUUUUAGCAUUUUUGAAGGUUCUUUACGCUAAAUAUUUUGAAAAAGUAUAUGGUUUCUAUCUUAUCUGUAGAUGUGGUAAACAUAGGUACCCUAUUAUUUUAUUUACGAGUACCUACAAUUGCACAAUUUUUUGGGGGCAAAAUUUUUCUAUAUUUAAAAAAACUAGAAAAAUUGAAUAGAAACAGAACUUGUGAGGAAAAAUACCUAUGGAAUUUGAAGAAAUGGAUUUGAGCAAACGGAUUUGAGCUAAAGAAUUUCAGCACAAGGAUUUCAGCAAUCUCGGCAAACAUCCGGAUUUCAGCUAACAGAUUGCGACAAACAUUUGUUUUUAGGAUCGGUCACUUAUUCGCGCCAUCAAGGGUACGAACCACACGAACAAGGGACACAGUCCUACCAACUGCGCCAAAAAUGUUAUGGUUGCGAAGGAAAAGAGAACACAAGAUAAAAACAAUAAUAUAUUGAAUUCAUAGGAGUACAAAAAUUGGAACUAAUCUAUCAUUGUUUUUUGGCUGUAUUUAUAUAUAAGAAAAAUAGAAUAAGGUGACAAUUGAGAUGUAAACAUAGUUCUUAAGAAUCAGGAUGAUAGAUAAACAACAGUUUCCAUAGGUAAUUAAAAUAUAGGUGAUUAAUACUUAAUAGACAUAGGCGAAUUGGCUAUAAUACGAGUAGGUAGGUAUACAACAAAUAUGUAGGUAAAUUAAGAGUAAUUAAGAGUAAUUAAGAGUAGGCUAUAACAAUAUGAGCACCGGAACCAUCAGCCACAAUAUGCACUUCAGUACCAUCCUGAUCUGCUGCUAACAUAAUGAUGCGCUGCUUCAAUACCAGACAUCUUGCAUUUUAUGAUAUCUCCUUUCCAUUUUUGUUCAUGGUAUUGAUAUUGUUAAGAGUUGAAAAGACAUCAUAAAUCACAUUAUCAGCUUCAGCAUCUGGUCCACCUGUAAAAGCUGUAAUGAAACGAUUUUGGUGAAUAGUUUCCUUAUUCAUUUCCUUAUUCUUAUUAAAGUGGUUUCUGGCUUUUUUAUAAGCUUUAGCACCAUCUUCCAGGUCAUUCUUGACCUCAUGUGUGGUUUGAUACUCAUCAGGCACAUCUAUGCCAUUAUCCGAAAAUCCGUAACAAUAUUUAAAUAUUCCAACAAAAAUGUCUUUUGAGCGUUUUUCAAAUAUUUUGAAGUCAAAGUUGGGUCAUUAAUAUCACGAUUAUUUUUAAGAUUUACAAAAUUUGUGUCAUGCGACUUAUCAAAAUGGGUCAACAUUUUUUGAGAAAUACCACAUAUUUCAACGAAAAUGUUUUUUGACCAUUUUUAAAGAUCCUUGGGCCCAAAAUUGGUUCAGAAAAUGUCGUAACCCUUUUAAAUUAUCAUUUAUCGCACGUGACUGGUUAGGGCCGAACAGAGAACCAAGACUGAUAUUCUGAAAAACCAAUGCAGCAUAAUAUGAGUAAUACACACAAUCACUUACAUUGUCUGGCCCUCGCCACCAAUAUGCAAAAAUUGAAAAUGUAUCUAUUAGUUAUUGCGAUGAUAAUUCAGAUAUGAGAUAACAAGUUUAAUUGAAUUUUGAUGGUCUUUGGGCAUAUUCCCAAUACACCAAAUUUUUCAUUCCAUCAUCAAAUGGUCGGAUCCAAAGUAUUUUAGGUCGAUGGUUUGUACUAUGCAAAGAUCAGAAUUAGCUGCAUACAAUAAACGCAAACAAAUAGUUCUGUUUUUUUAAAGCAGAAAUUCGAUUUCUUUAAUCAUCAUGCCAGUUCAUUUUCUUUAUAAAAGAAAACAAAAUUUUAAAAUUUAAAAUUUAAAAUGAUCAUUUUUUUAAAAAUUCAAACCUUACAUACUUACUCAAUAUCUGAAAAAGUAGCUGAACUUGGGACAAAAAAUGACAUAGCAGCCCCUGUUGUUUUUGAGGACUUAAGUUUAUUCAACUCUUGCUGAUAAGUAUUCCUAAUACUUCUUAGCUUUGUUUUAAUUUCAUCCGAGGUGGUAAUGUUCAAAAACGUGUCAUUGUUUCUGAGCUCCAUGAUCAGCCCUUCAAAGGCUACAGCUCGUUUUGUUGAUACCUUAUAAUUAGGAUCCUUCAUAUUAUACAUUAAAGGAAAUUUUUUGAAACAUGACAAAAAUUGGGUAAUCUUCUGAAAAUUCCACUUUUCCUUCACCAUUUUAAAUAAUUAAUUAUUAAUAUUUUUUAAAAUGUCACCACCAAAUCGAAUCACUAAUUCACUAUCAAUCAAAUCAAUCAAUGUGAUUUCUCCAGUGUGCUUCAGUGAUUGAUAACACAAAAAUCAAAGGGAUUGACUGAUCCCCACUUGACAGUUUUAUAACUGUGGACACUCAAUGUCACACUCGUAAAAUUAAACUGUUUCUUACAAAUACUCAAAUGGCUAAUGAUUCAUUUUUCAAGUGAAGUUGCAAAGUACAUAGGUAAGUAUAUGAAAUUGGGAAGUAUUACACAGUUUCAAUAAAUAAAGCAACAUGUGCUUUUAAACAUUUACGUCAGCCUCAUAUAAAGAGGCAACAGCAGUAACCUGGCUAAUUGUUUUCCAAUAGUCAUUUUCCAGGCUUUCAAAAUUAUUGAAUUUGGGGACAGCUGGGGAAAUAACUCACCACCAAUAAUACAUAUUGAUAACUGAUCUACUGUGAUCAUACCUUACCCAUUUCAAAGGGAAUUGAUUUUUGUUAUAACAUCUAUCAAUCUCAAGAGAUAAACAUGCUGUGAGAUGUUUGUAGUUGAUUUCACUAAAUAAAGCAAUUGGUGUUUUCACUGUUUUCAAACAUUUUGAAAAAAUCUUCAAUAAUACUGUAUAUGAAUGUGUAUUCAGAUCCUCUAAUAUUUGAGUUUUCUGCCAUUCUGACUAUCACUACUCAGGGUACUAAAUUAUUUUUUUUGAUUUUACACUUUAAUUACGUUACAGGGGACGUGGACGUAGGACUGGAUGUGCGAUGUCGAUGUGAUGUGAUUUUUCAAUAAAUUAUCAACAAGCAGAGUUCAACGAGUACCUAGAUCCGAAAAUUAUCCCGGUUCUAUUCGAAUUUUCAUUAUUUCAUACAAAUACCGCUAGGAUCGCUAAAUAAAUGUUGUAGAUUUGUCGAAUGUCCACCUGGCCAAAGAAUUUUCCAUCGGAUGUCACCGUGUCACUAGUGAUGCCCUGUGAUUAGGGCACUAUAACAGGGGGUAUGCUGGUCAGCCAUUUUCUUGCGAGACUAUCCUACUUAGCAUAGAAACUCCGUAAGAACGCAUACAAUUUUUCGUGUGAAAAAUGCAAUUUUUUUGAUCGUUCGCGAGUUCGGGUGAUCUGUUGUCAGGGCUUGAAAACCGGAUAGGUUUUUUAAAAUAUUAUCUCUCUCGUUCCGGUUUUGCUUAAAGGGUUUUAUUUCAAAGGAAACGGUUUUGGUUUCGGUUUUUUCCUUUUUUCUUCAUUUUUCAGGGAUGAUCCAAUUGCAGGGGUGCUAACCGAAACCCAAACAAGAACCUAAUUUUAGCCAUUUUCAAACCCUAACUGAAAACAAAAACCGAAAUUUCAUAGGUUUUUUAAAAACUGUAAAAAACCAUAACAAUAAAAAUGAAGCAGAGUGAGUGAAACCAAAACCUAAACCGAUAUAAUUUAUUUUGGUUUUUUUCGGUUUUCAGUUUGGGUUUUUUCAGGUUUUUCAAUUUUUUUGGGGGGAUUUUUUCACUUUUUUUGACUUUUGUUUACAAAUUUAUGUACCUAUUAAAAAAAUUAUACAAAUUAUUGUUCUUGAAAAAUAUAUACUUUUUUAGAAUUAAUAUGAAAUUAAUAUACUUUGUUUCCUGAGAUUGAGAAAUUUUGAAUUGAAGAUGUUUGAAAAAAAAAAUUAUGUAAAACCGAAAAAAACCGAAAACCAAAACUGAAACCAAAAUUUUUAUAAAUGAGAUCAAAACCGAAACCGAAACCCGAAAUUUUGAAUUUCAAAACCAAAACCAAACUGAAAACUGAAAAAUUUCAAGGAAAAAUUGGAGUGAAACCGUAAUCGAAAUUAAAAUAAUUAAGGUUAGCACCCCUGCCCAAAACACAUUUUUCGCCAUUUUCUCCCCCGCAUUGCAUUUUAGCGAAUGAAUGCCCUAUCCAAGUAGCACUACAAUUUUUAUUUUGUCCGGAACAGGAAUCGCUGAAGAAUCGGAUACAUUUUAUAUUAUCAUUCUUCAGUAAAGGUUUGAUAUUAACACUAUUCAAAAAAUCAAGCAGGCAGGAAAUGAUCUUGUUAGAUCCUCUAGAAUAUUUGGUUUCAAGCCACCUAUAUGUAGACAGAAAAGUAUGAUGUAAAUAAGCUGAUAUUGAAAAUGGUCAAAUUUAAUUAAAUUUAUCUAACCUGUAAAAAUAUACUGUGGACAUGUUCAACUGUUUCUUUGAAGUAUGGAUUAUGAUUCCAAAAGUAUAAUACCAUAGCUGACAAGCGUAGUAUGCCUCACUGAUCUCCGUUUUGGGCAGUGGCUGGUUCUGCAUUAAAUCAAAGUUGAUUACGAUCAUAUAUAUCAUCUGGCCAUGUGUUCAGUUCUCAUAAAAGCGACACGCUUGGAGCUUACUACAAUCUUAAAUCUAAAACUAAAUUUUUUAGUAAAAACAUAAAGAAAAUUGCACUUUUGUCAAAAGUAAUCAUUUUUGUUGAUGAGCACAAAGGGCAUGAACCCUUUCUGUUCCCACAACGCGACGCUCUGAUCACAUCUAGAUGAUCACGUCUAGAGGCUGUUUGAUGGGUUCGCCUAACUCUAGGAUUGUGUCUAGAAUAUUGAGAUUCUGUCAGUCAGCAGAGUCUAGUGUACGUAGUUUGCCUAUGCAGUUGCACUAGAUCAGUGACUUCCAGUUAUUGAUCUCUCUUUAUUGCCCUUUUCAAGAAUCAGGACAGUGUUACCAGACUUCCACAGGGAGGGUACCUACUUACAGACAUUUCUUGCAUGUUUUUUUGCUACGUUUGUUAAUUCUUUUAAAUUUUACUGAAAAUCCAUUGCUUUUGAUGGACAAUUUUCAUUGAUUUAAAUGUUGUUUUUAAGUAAUGAAAACAUGAAAAAAAACAUGUUAAAAUUGAUAAAACUUGACAAAUAGGUACUAAAAAAAAAAAAGAUGAAUCUAGACAAACUUUGUUAAAAAUUGCAUGAAAAAUGUUAGAAUUAAAAUGGAUGAAAUCAAUACCUACAUACAUAAUGAUGAGUAUGAGAUCUCAUAGAAAAGUUGAAAAAAAACUUACCACAGAAAUUUGUGAUGAGUGUUGCACUGCUGAUAUUUGUUAACUCGUUAUCCCUGUGAAAGAGCUAAUAAGACACAUGUUACCAGAACUCUUAUUAUAUCCACUUAUUUAUGCUUUAAUUAAGCCUCACUUGUGUACAACUGGUGUAACUAUACUGUUUAUUGUUCCUGUGACAUUUGUUAACUCAUUAUCCCUGUGAAAGAGCAAACAAGACCUGUUCUUCUUUUUGUAAUGGAUUUUUCAACAGGUGGUAAGCUGAAGUAUCCCCAUUUUUUUGUAUCAACAUGUACUUCUUUUUUAGAGCAUUUUAUGAACUUAUCUAUUUCAAUUUCUUCAUCCUCAAAUUUUAACUCAAAUAUACUAGGUAAAGUUUCAGAAUCGUUCAUCUUGUAUGGACACAAUGACCAAAAAUAGGUAAUUAUUUAUUUAAAAAAACCUAAUCUUCAUCAUCACCUAAAUAAACUUUCCAAUGACCAAUAACUGAAUUUAAAGAAGUAAAUUCCCACCAUACUGUGAGGAUGGACCUCUGGACCAUAACAAUGAGUACAUAAUUUUUUUCAUUUUUUUACUUAUUUAUAUUUUUGAAACCCACAUGAUAAAAUGGUGUACAGGCAUUUUUCUUUUAAUGAGUAUGAUUCAUAAUGCGUAUGCAUUUCUAAAAAUCUACAUUUCUCACAUAUUUGUACUUUAUUAUAUUUAUAACCAUAAAUAUUUCUAACUUUUUGGCUUAUUUGAGUAUCAAUAAAAUUUUUGUGCACCGAACAACGACGACUAUGAAUAGGCAUUCAGUCGGAAACCUACUCACAUGUUACCAGAACUCUUAUUGUAUCUACUUAUUUAUGCUUUAAUUAAGCCUCACUUGUGUACAACUAGUGUAACUAUACUGUUUAUUGUUCCUGCUGGUAGGGUAGAAGUGUUGGCAGCUGUGGGUGUAGUACUGCUGAUAUUUGUUAACUUGUUAUCCCUGAGAUAGAGCGAACAAGAUUGCCCAUCUUUUCAGCCACAGGCAGUUUACUUUUCCCUCUUGUUUCCUUCAUUUUUUCAUUAUCACUGUAAUUCACCUGCUUCAUCAACUAAACCCAUCUGUGGGUCCAUUGUAAAAAAAAUUUUGUCUAUUCUAUUUAUACCUGUGAAGUUUAUUCUCCACAAGCAGGGACAAAUAAAGUUUUGCAAAUUCACACAUCUUUUGGUUUGUGUGGAAAGAGUCUUCUAUUGGGUGUGUGAAAACAUAUCUAAAAUUUACCUAAUGAAAUGAAUAAUUAAUAACAUUCAUUAAAAUUAUUCAAAAGUCUAAAUUUUAUAAUCAAAAAUAAGGAUAAUUAAUAUUUUAGAAAACAAACCAACAUGUUGUUGCUAAUACACUUCCUUUUAGCAGAUGAAAUAAGCGUAUUUCUUGUAGAGUGAUAUUACUUAUCCACACACUUGAUAAAUUGUGAAGAAGCCGUUCUCAGAGGCGCUGUGUAAAAAUUAAGAACUACAAUCCUAAAUCUAAAACUAAAUCAUUCAGUAAAAACAUAAAGAAAAUUGCACUUUUGGCAAAUGUAAUCGUUUUUGUUUUGUGCUCAUGACAACCCUUGUAGGGCAUGAACCCUUUCUGCUCCCACAAAAAGUGUCCCUUGUCCUGGGUCCAUACUGAGAUCCUGUCAGCCAGCAGAGUCUAGUAUAGUUUGCUUAUGCAGUUACACAAGGUCAGGGACUUCCAGUUAUUGUCCUUUUCAAGAGUCAGGACAGUGUUACCCUACUUCCAUGGGGAGGGUGCAUGAAGACAUUUCAGGCAUGUUUUUUUGCUACUUUUGUUUGGUAUUUCAAAUUUUACUGAAAAUCCAUUGCUUUUUGAUGGACAAUUUUCAUUGAUUUAAAUGUUGUUUUCAAAUAGGUAAAAUACUCCUGUCAAUAUGCAACAUAUAAUAUUGAAGGUAGUAAUCCGUUCAUGAGGUUUAAUUUUUCAAACAGGUGAAAUACUCCUAUCAAUAUGCAACAUAUAAUAUUGAAGGUAGUAAUCCGUUCAUGAGGUUUAAUUUUUCAAACAGGUGAAAUACUCCUGUCAAUAUGCAACAUAUAAUAUUGAAGGUAGUAAUCCGUUCAUGAGGUUUAAUUUUUCAAACAGGUGAAAUACUCCUGUCAAUAUGCAACAUAUAAUAUUGAAGGUAGUAAUCCGUUCAUGAGGUUUAAUUUUUUAAACAGGUGAAAUACUCCAGUCAAUAUGCAACAUAUAAUAUUGAAGGUAGUAAUCCGUUCAUGAGGUUUAAUUUUUCAAACAGGUAAAAUACUCCUGUCAAUAUGCAACAUAUAAUAUUGAAGGUAGUAAUCCGUUCAUGAGGUUUAAUUUUUUAAACAGGUAAAAUACUCCUGUCAAUAUGCAGUUGAAAACAUGAAAAAAACGUAUUUUAAAAUUGAUGUAACUUGACAAAAACUAAAAAAAAAGAAGAUAAAAUCAGAAAAAAACUUGUUGAAAAUUGCAUGAAAAAUGUUGAAAUGACGAAUGAAAUCAAUACCUAAUAAUAAGUAUUACAUUACAUCUCACAAAACAGUAAAAAAAAAGAACUUACUAGAGGAAAUUCAUGUAAAAAGGUUUUGAAAGAGUCUUACACAAUGUGCCUGCUCUCAUUACGAAUGCAGUCUUGAGUUUCCAGAAAAACUGAGUAUGACUGCUUUAUCACACCAGCUCUCCUGAGUUUUCUGCCCAUCUAGAACUAGAAAAAAAAAAAAAAAAAGGACUUAGAGACAUCUUCUAAGCAUCAUGGUAAGUUGCUAUUGAUGCAUCAGAUGUUAGAGAGUUGAUAAUUAAUUUCAACGAGGAUUUCCAUUUUUUUUUUAGUGUGAUUCGAAUUUCAAGAAAAAUUUGUAAGUCAGAAAUUUGACAGUGAGUUUCGUACUCUUGAAUGUAAUAUUCAUGUCCUUGUAGUGUUGAAUUAUUGAUGAAAACAAAGUAUUUAUACUUAUAAUGAUUUAUCAAGAACAGCCAUUAAAACUGGAAAUACAUAUGUACAUAUAAAAUGAUCUCUUAAAUUUUGCAUUUCACCUGAUUUUAAAAUGUGAUCAGCUGCGUUUGAAAGAAUUUUUCAAAUUUUUGUGAAUUGGAAAAGAAUAAUCAAUAAUGAAUGUACCUAUAUAGGGGAUUGAUUUUUCAUAAACAGAUUACUCUAUUUAUCUUAAAGAGAUCCAUUUAUAUUGAUAAAACUUGGUAAAAGCCAAGUUAGAGACAUUUCCGGUAUGUUGUUUUGCAAUUUUUGUCAAGUGUCUCUGAGUUUGCCGAAAUUUCAUGGACAAUUUUCAUAGAUUUAAACGCUGUUUCCGUGAAAUGAAAACAUAAAAUAAAAACAUCACAAUUGGUAAAACUUAGCGAAAACUAAAUGAAAAAAAAAAAUGGUAAAAUUAGACAAAAAUUGUUGAAAAUCGCAUGAGAAAUGAAAUCAAUAAAAAUAUAACAUCGCGCAGGAGAGUAAAAAAAAAAGAACUUACCAGAGGAAAUUCGUGACGAGUGUUGCUGUUUUUAAAUAGUCUUCCUCCUUCAAGUUAUUACGUAUAUUCCUUUGAAACACUCAAUUAGUAAUGAACAUAAAUUAAAAGCACUAAUCAUUAAUUAUAACUUCCAAAUAGAAAAGUUGAUAUAAUUUCCUCGGGGAUUCCAUUUUUUUUAGUGGGAUUUGAAUUUCAAGAAAAAUUUGUGUCAGAAAUUUGACAGUAAGUUUUACUCUUGAGGUAAUAUUCAAAAAUAUUGGAUGGUAGAAUACGACAGUAUAUCUACUGGAAAGUAUUCGAUAGGACUUUUCUCCAAUGCCCUUCUCCUUUGCUAUACAAUUUCACAAUUCUUCAUUUACUAAUCAUAUGUACUUGUUGUAAAUUAAUAGAUACGAGUAAAAUUUACAUCUAAUAAUUAUUUUUUCAUCGAAGUUUAGCCACACGUUUGUAUCUAUAAUAAUUAUGAAUUGAGAGUAGGUACGUAUGCAUUUGUUAUUCGACUGAAUAUUGACUGUUUUUAUGCAAUUUAAUAUUAGACUGAAAUUGUACUUUUGUGAGUGAUAAUUGUUUUUUCCGAAUGGAGUAUUUGUAUGUACUUUUUUAAAAUAAUUAAAUAUUUCAAUAUUAA